CCUGUAAGAGCCUGUAAAAUGGAAAUGGCCCUCAUAAAUACUAAGAUGUAUCAAAAACACAUGGUUUAUCCAGCAUAAAUGUAAGCAUCAUAUGUUACCGUGCUUGUUUCACUACAGUAGAAGGAUCUUUAAACUGAUCCGCCAUUUUGAAAACAUCCGGUUGUGAAUAGCCGCUGGCUACUACGAAGUAUAUUCGAAGGCGCCCAUAACAUGGGUCUGCGGGUCUUCGUGGUCUGCGUGUUAGAUUAUGUGGGUCUGCUUACAAAGAAGAGAUGGUUCUGGAAUAUUUACCAAGCAACUGAAUCACGAGGUUAUGUUUGUAACUAAUAAGAGUGAUUCCGUGAAGCAGGUAAAGAUGGCCACUACGUUGCCCUCCCUUCCCUCAGAAGUGAUUGAAAAGAUAAUUGCUUUCUUGCCGCUGCCAGACGUCUGCACCUGUAUGUUGGUCUGCAAAGAAUGGAAAGUGAGUGAAAUUUCUCCAUAUGAGAUGUUUUCAUCAGAGCAAUUUUGUAAAAAUUAUGUACUCCGCCAUUACAAUUUUGAUGAUGAAGAAGAACCUAGUGGACAUCUUAAUGAGUGGUCUGACCCAGACGAAUGGUUUCAUUACUGGGAUGACAAUGAAGAUAAUUCCAAUGUGUGGGUAUUUUCUAAUCUUCCAAAGCGCUGGAAGUGUGGCAUUGUUCAUUUGGCAAGUUAUUCCCUUGCCUCAGAUAAACAGCUGAAGUAUAAAGAUUUUCUCCAGGCUGUGUACAUUUUGAUGAGAAUAAAGAAGGCUGCAGAGGAGCUUGAACUUGAUUGUGGUGCUUGGGCGAAUGAAGGCACUGGUUUGGUAGAAACAUGCUUAUUUACCUGGGAUAAAGAAUCGCUCCCCACUGCUACCGAUAUCAUUUCACUUUAUGGUUUCAAUCCUGAGAUGCACAAAAACCCACUGGAGAGGGCUGGAGAUGGAGACCAGGAUACUGAUGAUGAAAGAAGCGACAAUGAGGAAGAAGGAGGCUGUGUCCGUUGGAAGUCUUUGAGUACAUCCUAUGAUGUUGAUGUGCAGAAAGCUCAUGCUUUUUUUGACUGGUGGAAGAAAAUAUUUUCCCCGUAUGUUCAAUAUGGCAUAGGUUGUGAGGCAAUGAAUCCAGUUCCCUGUUUCAUUUUGGCAAACCUGGCACCAGGUUGGGUGGGAGGUGUUCUUUCUUCAUUGGCUUUGACUUAGUCUAGUUUGUAUGUGUACAGCUCUCCUUAAACUGAUAAUAACAUUGUUAAUUUAGAUACUUUGUUCAGAUACAAAAUUCGGACAAAAUGUAUUUGAUGAAACAAAUUUAGUAAUAAUAAGAACCUAUUCUGUAAAUUGUUCAUGGUCUCAUAUGGUUUUCUAUAAAAUAAUCAUACCCCUGCCUCCCUCUUGAAAAUGUGGUGUGAUAGAAAUUCCAUACAAGCUACUUAAACCUACCCUUGUUUGUGAUUCUUACAGAUAUAACAUGACUCCAUUGGUUACAUGUAUAAUGAUUCUUGUAUUUCCAGUCACUGCAUAAUAUGCAUAUGUGUUUUUUCACUACAGUGUAAUAUGUUUAUUUGGUAUUUGUUUGCACUGUAGUUUAUUUUACUUUCUAAAUUCAUAAGUGUUUUUCUGUAAGCAAGGAUUACUUCUAGCUGUAACUUCUUCCAGUGGGAAAUAUUUUCACAUUUAUGGGCCAGAUGAGUCAAACUACAGAAUGCCAAAUACAGAUAACAUUAUGAUAAUGAAGAUAACUGUAUGAAGUGUUGGAUAUAAAUUUAGCAUUCCUCAUGUAACUAAGUUAACUAAAAUGUUGAAAGUGAUGAAAAUUCAUUGGGUCAUAGUUUCUCUUUUUUUGUCAAAAAACAACCAGGAGCUGCCUUUCUCCCAUAUAGGCUCAUUCUUGAGUUCUAGAAACUUAAAAAGUAAAUAUUCAGGACUCUCUAGGUUUAAAGUAGGUAUUUUUUAAAUGAGACAAAUCUCAUAUAAAAAUUGCUGAUGAUAGAUGUGGUAAAAAUUAGAAUUGAUAAAUUAAAAUAUUUAGAAAUCUUAGAUGCCGGAAACAUGCAAAAUGUUGAUUAAUUAAAAUAUAUUUGUCACAGAUAUUGUAAAGGGUGCAGGAGUGUCCAAGCCCAUUGUCAUAAUCAUAUGAAUUAUGUAUUUUUUUGGUUCAUUCUUGCCCUCAGGGUUAGAAAACUGUCAGCUCCUUAAUUAUUUUGGGAAAUUUUGUCAAAAUUUCACCAACAAGAUUCUAGAUUGACAUAUGGUAUCAAGUGACUCAAAUACCAUCAACAUGUUGAUGUGACUAUUAUUUAAUUGAAUAUCAAUAUUUUGCUGUAGUAAAAGCCUCUUUCCUCUGGAGUUUUAA